AGGCUGUGAGGGGGGAGAUUUUUGGCAGAUUUUUGGAGACACACUUCUGAUCAACACCAGCCUUUUUCUCUGAGUAACAACCCAUUCCAACAGUGAGACCAAACAAAGAUGCAGGUCUUGGCAGCAUUGUGCUUCCUUGUCUUGGCACACCUGCCCCCCCUAAGGGGGGAGGUAGUGGGAAGCUUCCAGGACGUCUCGCAGUGCCUGGACUUCUUCUACGAGCGCAUGGUGCCCAAGUUGGACGAGGCCAAUCCUAACGCCACCCGUUUGUGUCAGCGCUUCAACAACAGCUACCACUUCGCCACGCUGUACGACACGAGCAACCGCAUCGCCGUCUACUCCGCCUACCGCUUUCAGACCGGCGGCGGUGGCAGUAGCAGGAAGUACUGGUAUGUGGAGCCACAGCUUGUGAACACGAGCUGGAAUGCAGAGAUGGAGGAAGAACAGCACCUCAGAAAGGAACACGAGGGGGCGUACAUCGGUGAGAGGCAGGCUCUCAAUGAGGACUACGGCAAACGCUCUAAAUAUCAGCGCGGGCACCUCAAUCCAAACGGACACCACUCAGGGGACAGUCGUAAUGCCACAUUUACUCUUACCAACAUGGUGCCACAAACACACGAUCUGAACCAGAAAGCCUGGGGUCCGUACGAGCAACAGCUGACCAAACUCUUCAAAGCCCAGUGCGCACAGGCCUACGUGCUGGUGGGCGCCAUCCCUUCCACUGACACCUGGAUCGUCAAGAAGAACAAACCUCGGAUCAACAUCCCCGACUACAUCUGGAAUGCCUACUGUUGCCUGGACAACAACGGCCGGCCCAUCCACAGCGGAGGGGCCACAGCUCGCAACACUGGGGGGACCUACGUCGACAGGUGCACUCUCUGGGAGCUGAAAGAGUUCCUGAGUCAGUACCAAUCACCAGUGGGGGAGCUCUUUCUCAACAACUGUAGAGCUUAGAGGAGUAUGGUAUGUUAGAGAAGUGUAGUCAGA